UCAAAUGUUAGCUCGCCGUUUAUUCCGUGCGAUCCGUUCCGUCAGAAUCCGUAACCCACUUUAACAGAUAUGCAGAUCUUCAUCAGGCAAGCGACUGGCAAAUGCGUUAUGCUGACAGUGGAACCCACGGAUUCCGUUGAAAAACUCAAGGCCAUGGUCUGCGACGAGUGGGGAAUCCCCCGUAGACAGCAGCGUCUGAUCUACAGCGGUCAACAGCUUCAGGAUGGCCGCACCUUGUCCGACUACGGCAUUGCCGAUUCCAGCAGUAUUGAGUUCGUGCUUCGAUUGCUGUCUUGCCAGUCAUGCCCAGGACAUGGUCACGACGUGGUCGAAGGAGAGGAGGGGAGAUUUUACUAA